CGUGGGGCGGGGCAGAGAAGCCCCGUCAGGCCUCAGCGGUGUGUCCCAGGCAGUCGCCCCCGCUGUCGCGCUGCAUCUGCUCCUUGCAUGCCUUUAGAUGGUACAGCCCUCAGCCGGGGCUUGGGGAGACAGUGCAGCCGCUGAGCAUCUCUGCUGAGCUUCUCCGCCGAUCCUCCUUUUCUAGCAGGCAGCUCAUCUAGGCCAGGUCCAGGUCGAGGGGGAAAAUGGCGCCCGCGCCCCUAGGCAUCCCGGAGGAUCAGUUGCUGGGGUGUCGAUCUGGAUUGCUUUCCCGGUUACUCUUCCUUGCCCAGAGCUCUCUCCUCCUGUUGCCCGCCGCCGGAGCAGGUCUCUGCCCCGCGCCCUGCUCCUGCCGCAUUCCUCUCCUGGACUGCAGUCGCAGGAAACUGCCCGCACCGAGCUGGAGGGCGCUGUCGGGCCUGCUGCCCCCCGACAUCGCUAUCCUGGAUUUGAGUCAUAAUCGGUUGUCUAACUGGAACAUCAGCUUGGAAUCACAGAUGUUACAGGAAGUGGAUACCUUCUUCAUGCUCAUUGUCUCUGCAUUCUCUCCUCCUAGCCCCAAAUUCACUACUUCUAAUGUGUUGUGGAUGAGUACACAGUUGACAAGUUUGUUAGCUGAAAGAGAAAAUGAAUUACAAUGAACUAACAGAAAUCCCGUAUUUUGGAGAACCAACGUCUAAUAUUACUCUGCUUUCAUUAGUCCAUAAUAUAAUCCCAGAAAUAAAUGCACAGGCGCUCCAGUUUUACCCUGCUCUGCAGAGUUUAGACCUCAGCUCAAAUAUAAUAUCAGAAAUCAAGACAUCUUCAUUUCCUCACAUGCAGCUUAAAUACCUGAAUUUAAGUAAUAACAGGAUAACCACCUUGGAGGCUGGCUGCUUCGAUAAUUUAUCGAGUUCCUUAUUAGUGGUAAAGUUAAACCGUAACCGAAUUAGCAUGAUUCCACCUAAGAUCUUCAAGCUGCCUCACCUCCAAUUCUUGGAACUUAAAAGAAACAGAAUUAAAAUUGUGGAAGGUCUUACAUUCCAAGGGCUUGACUCCUUAAGAUCUUUGAAAAUGCAGCGGAAUGGAAUUAGCAAACUUAAGGAUGGAGCAUUUUUUGGCUUAAAUAACAUGGAAGAACUAGAACUGGAACACAAUAACCUUACACGAGUGAACAAGGGGUGGUUAUAUGGCUUGCGAAUGUUACAGCAGCUCUAUGUGAGCCAGAAUGCUAUUGAAAGAAUCAGCCCUGAUGCAUGGGAGUUCUGCCAAAGACUAUCCGAACUUGAUUUGUCGUAUAACCAGCUGACCCGCCUGGAUGAAUCUGCCUUUGUGGGUCUGAGCUUAUUGGAGAGAUUGAAUUUGGGAGACAACAGAGUCACUCAUAUUGCUGAUGGUGUAUUUAGAUUUCUUUCCAAUCUUCAGACAUUAGACUUAAGAAACAAUGAAAUUUCAUGGGCCAUAGAAGAUGCUAGUGAAGCCUUUGCUGGACUCACAAGUCUCACUAAAUUAGUCUUACAAGGAAACCAGAUUAAGUCAAUUACAAAGAAAGCAUUCAUUGGUCUUGAAUCCCUUGAGCAUCUAGAUUUGAACAAUAAUGCUAUAAUGUCUAUCCAAGAAAAUGCUUUUUCUCAGACUCAUUUGAAAGAACUGAUUCUGAACACAAGCAGUUUGCUCUGUGACUGCCAUUUGAAGUGGCUACUUCAGUGGUUGAUUGAUAAUAACUUUCAACAUUCUGUGAAUGUAAGCUGUGCACACCCUGAAUGGCUAGCAGGGCAAAGCAUCCUGAAUGUGGAUCUGAAAGAUUUUGUCUGUGAUGAUUUUCUUAAGCCACAGAUAAGGACACAUCCUGAAACCAUAAUUGCUCUAAGAGGCAUGAAUGUGACUCUGACGUGCAGUGCAGUGAGCAGCAGUGAUUCACCCAUGUCCACUGUGUGGCGCAAAGACAGUGAAAUCCUGUAUGACGUGGAUGUUGAGAAUUUUGUUCGUUAUCGGCAGCAAGCUGGAGAAGCGCUGGAAUAUACUAGUAUCUUACAUCUUUUCAAUGUGAAUUUCACAGAUGAAGGAAAAUAUCAGUGUAUUGUUACUAAUCACUUUGGUUCUAAUUAUUCUCAGAAAGCCAAACUGACUGUAAAUGAGAUGCCAUCUUUUCUGAAAACGCCAAUGGAUCUGACUAUUCGCACUGGUGCCAUGGCCAGAUUAGAAUGUGCUGCAGAGGGACACCCUGCACCUCAGAUUUCCUGGCAGAAAGAUGGUGGUACUGACUUCCCUGCGGCUCGAGAAAGACGCAUGCACGUCAUGCCCGAAGAUGACGUCUUCUUUAUUGCCAACGUGAAAAUAGAAGAUAUGGGAAUCUAUAGCUGCAUGGCACAAAAUAUAGCAGGAGGUCUCUCAGCAAAUGCUUCCCUAACAGUGUUAGAGACACCCUCAUUUAUUAGACCCCUGGAGGAUAAGACAGUAACCCGAGGUGAAACUGCGGUGUUACAGUGCAUAGCUGGAGGGAGUCCUGCACCUCGUCUCAACUGGACUAAAGAUGAUGGGCCUUUGCUGGUGACAGAACGACAUUUCUUUGCUGCAGCCAAUCAGCUUCUCAUCAUUGUAGAUGCUGGGCUAGAAGAUGCUGGGAAAUAUACCUGCAUUAUGUCUAACACCCUUGGGACAGAACGUGGCCACAUUUACCUAAAUGUCAUUUCAUCCCCCAAUUGUGACUCUUCACAGAGUAGCAUUGGGCAUGAAGAUGAUGGCUGGACUACAGUUGGCAUUGUCAUCAUUGUUGUGGUCUGCUGUGUUGUUGGCACUUCUUUGAUCUGGGUCAUUGUUAUUUACCACAUGAGAAGGAAAAAUGAAGACUAUAGUAUCACAAACACAGAGGAGCUCAAUCUGCCUGCAGACAUUCCCAGCUACUUGUCUUCCCAAGGAACGCUGUCUGAGCCACAGGAAGGCUACAGCAACUCUGAGGCAGGCAGUCACCAGCAACUUAUGCCUCCUGCCAAUGGAUAUAUACACAAAGGCACUGAUGGUGGCACUAGUACCCGGGUGAUUUGCUCAGAUUGUUAUGACAAUGCCAACAUCUACUCCAGGACCCGAGAAUACUGUCCAUACACCUAUAUUGCUGAGGAGGAUGUUCUUGAUCAGACACUGUCGAGCCUCAUGGUCCAGAUGCCUAAAGAGACAUAUUUAGCUCAUCUUCCCCAGGAUACUACUGCCCUAGAGAGCCUGAUAUCGUCAACUGACGGAAAGCCAUCUGCCUUUCCCACCAACCAUGAGAGGAUAAGUGAGAAGAAACUUUCGUCCACACCGAUGAGUGGUGAAACAUUGCAGCGGCCCGUCUGGAACAUAAACAGAGAACUAGGCCUGCCUUAUCCUCCUUUUUCCCAGCAGCCAGUCCAUGAGUCACCACAACUUCAUCAAAAUGAGGGCUUGGCAGGGCUGGAGCCAGACUGUUCCGCUUCUUCCAUGUCCUGCCACAGGUUACAGGAUAAUGGUUUUGAUUUUAGUAGGACUCGGAACAUUCAAGAUGGUAGUGAAGGCACAUGAAACCCACUUCAGGAUGAAAUCUGGGCAGAGACUCAUAAAUUAAUUUUGCAUUUACUACCUCAGAGCUCAGAAGAAACUCCGAAGUCAGCAUUUGCUUUACUCUUUCUUUAUGAUUGCAUCUGACUGCACCAAGGUGGGCCAUGCGUUGUUUGGUCUUAUACCUGAUGAAGAAAUGGUAACAGCUGACAGAAAUGGGUACAGCUCAUCAAAAAUGUGCAGCAUCGGCAGAGGGAAGAUACGGGGCAAAUGUGCUUCCUGAUGGUUCCAUGGGGAUGUGCCCCAGUGUGCAUCUGCCUGUCAGAAGAGUCACAUUGCUGCUUAACCUGCUGGAUUGCCCUAGUCUUCAGAAUGGUCCUGAGAAAACAUCACUACUUUGAUGUUCUGCUUUGCCUUCCAAGGAGCAAAAAUAACUUUGGAGCCUUGUGGGAAGUGUGCCUGGGAUUCUUCAGUGGUUUCAGGCAGAUAGUUGAGACUGGGGCUUUGAUAUUCAAGGUCUUUGGCAAGAAUCCCAGACUUGACCAACUGGUACCAGGUCAAAGGUUUUUGUAUUCUUAAUUUUUUUUUGUCCCUAUUGCCCAGGGAUGUCACUGUAAAUAUAUGUACAUUUAUAAAUAAUUUUUGUAUUCAUUGACCAUAUGUGUUGGCUGCAAUGUAAAUAUUUUUGAUAUGCCAAAAUUAUAUAUAAUAUUCAGUUAUAAUAUUGACAAGUAGCUUCUCAGAUCAUAGAUUUUAAAUAACUUGAUUUAAUGAUAUCUAAAAAUUUUAUUUAAAGUAUAAAAACUGUGGCUCACACCUGUAAUCCCAGCAUUCUGAGAGGCUAAGGUGGGAGGAUUGCUUGAGGCCAGGAAUUUGAGACCAGGCUGGGCAACAUGGUGAGACCCUGUCUCUGCAAAAAAUAAAUUUAAAAAAUAGCUGGGCAUUGUGGCAUGCUGUUGUUGUCCUAGCUACUUGGGAGGCUGAGGUGGGAGGGUCACUUGAGCCCGGGAAAUCAAGGCUGCAGUGAGCUGUGUGAAGCCACUGCACCCCAGCCUGGGUGACAAAGCGAGACCUGGCUCAAAAAUAAAAUAAAUAAAUAAGUUUUAAAAACUUA